GCCUCACUCAUCGGUGUCGGGAGCUGCUGCCCAGCCAUGGAGGGGGAGGAGGAGCAGCCACCUCGGGAGGCUGACACGGAACCUGUUGUGAUGUCGGGGGCCUCAGACGUGGUGCCCAGGGUCCUUUCUGGAGAACCCCAGAACCUGUCUGACGUGGAUGCUUUCAACCUGCUCCUGGAGAUGAAGCUGAAGAGGCGGCGAGAACGGCCCAACCUACCGCGCACCGUGACAGAGCUGGUCGCCGAGGAUGGGAGCAGGGUGUACGUGGUGGGUACAGCCCACUUCAGUGAUGACAGCAAGAAGGACGUGGUGAAGACCAUCCGAGAAGUGCAGCCUGAUGUGGUAGUCGUGGAGCUCUGCCAGUACCGCGUGUCCAUGCUAAAGAUGGACGAGAGCACGCUGCUGCGGGAGGCCAAGGAGAUCAGCCUGGAGAAGCUGCAGCAGGCUGUGAGGCAGAAUGGGGUCAUGUCUGGACUCAUGCAGAUGCUGCUGCUGAAGGUGUCGGCCCACAUCACCGAGCAGCUGGGCAUGGCUCCUGGUGGCGAGUUCAGGGAGGCCUUCAAGGAGGCCAGCAAGGUGCCUUUCUGCAAGUUCCACCUGGGCGACCGGCCCAUCCCGGUCACCUUCAAGAGAGCCAUCGCUGCACUCUCCUUCUGGCAGAAGGUCAAGUUGGCCUGGGGCCUGUGUUUCCUGUCCGAUCCUAUCAGCAAGGAUGACGUGGAGCGGUGCAAGCAGAAGGACCUGCUGGAGCAGAUGAUGGCGGAGAUGAUCGGCGAGUUCCCCGACCUGCACCGUACCAUUGUCUCAGAGCGCGACGUCUACCUGACCUACAUGCUGAGGCAGGCCGCCCGGCGCCUCGAGCUGCCACGCUCCUCUGACGCCGAGCCCAGGAAGUGCGUGCCUUCUGUGGUGGUGGGCGUCGUGGGCAUGGGCCACGUCCCCGGCAUCGAGAAGAACUGGACCACUGACCUCAACAUUCAGGAGAUCAUGACCGUGCCCCCGCCGUCCGUCUCCGGCAGAGUGUCCCGGCUGGCUGUGAAGGCUGCCUUCUUAGGCCUGCUGGGCUAUGGCCUGUACUGGAUGGGGCGCCGUGCCGCCAGCCUGGUCCUGUCACUGCCCGCCGCCCAGUACUGCCUGCAGAGGGCGUCCGCAGCCUGGCCGCACAAGUAGGAAGGACAAAGAGAGCCACCAUGUCUGUUGGGGCCACACGUGGCCGCUCCUGUGUUGCAGCCGAGGGGCGCGGGGGCCGGCCCCCUGAGGAGCUUCUGGGUGCCACCCCCUGUGGGGGUCCAGGCCCAGCCUCCCCUGCCCUCCCCCAACCUGCCCAAAUAAAGAAUUAUUUAACUGCUCAGAGCUCAGGCUUCCCAGCCAACCCUCCCCCUUCAGGGGCCGUUCACAGGGCUCAGGGGCAGCAAUGGGACAAGCUGGUGGGGAGGGGCUGAGGCACACGCCACCCCUCUUGCCCUCGGGCCCAACCUCACUGUGCCUUCUCACGGGCCAGCGGCAGGAGUGCCUGGCCCGGGAGCAUCUUGUGGUGGGUUCCGGGCCGGUGGGUUCUGGGCCAUAGGUUCGGGGCUGGCACAUCUGGGAAGGGCUGGAUCGCCCCAUGCAGCCCUGGCAUGGCUCCCGGGAGCCUGCCUCCCAAAAGGGCAGCUUGGCCAAGCUUGGCGGCCUGGACCUGCACCAGCACUGGUUCCGCCUGCAGAAACUGGGGCUUUGGCUUUUAAAAAUGACUGAACUUUUUUCACUCAGGUAAUUUUAACUUAAAAGAAAACAAACUGAAGCAAAUGUCAGGAAAUACUAGCCUUAAAUCUGGUUGGGACAAAGAGGACAUGUUUUUCUUGGGAUCUCAGUCCUGAGAGGUUGAGUGUGUGGGAGGGUCAGCUUUGGCAGUAGGGCCAGGCUGGCCUCCGGGUGCUGCCCUUCCAGCUGCCCCCUUGGUGGCCUCCAGCCAGUGGGGGAUCCAGGUCUGCCGCCCUCUCAGUGUGAGCCUGCCUGGGCUGUGGGCAGUUGAACUUGCUUCCUGUGCCUCUGGCAGGGGGACCCGGGAGUCACCGUGGCCCUCAGUGGAUGGAUGGCGUGUCUGCCAGUUUGCAGUUGUGUCAGCACGUGCCCACCACCCUCCCGCUGGCCUGCUUCUGCUGGUCCAGACAAGCCCAAGGUUGGGCUGGUCCCACACAGCACUUCCGCCCCAGUCGUCACUUGUGUGCGCAGUCAGUCGCUCCUGGUUGUCUGUUUACGACAUUGCAUCUGUGCAGCCCGUCUGGGGCCCAGGGCCACAUUUGAUUGUUUGUGUUGAUUCCAUGUCUGACCAAAUCAGGUGAAACCCAUGGCCGUGAGCUGGGCUAGGGAGCCUUGGGCUGGCUGGACCAUGUCCUUCCUGUCAUUCACACGCUCGUGUAUGCGUUCCUUAGAAACUGAAAUAAAAUCUUAUUUUAGAA